CUGAUUAACUUCAUAACCUUCAGGUGAGCCGCUGGAUGACUCCUCCGCAGAGGAGCAAGUCGGAACAAGCCGAUGAUGAUGAUCAGCGCAGCGGGGGCGCGCCUUUCCCGCCGGCCUCCUCCUCCUCCUCCUCCUCCUCCCAGCUGACAGAGCGCGUCUUCGCGCGGGUUGCUCCACCUCCACCUUGAAACGCGUGAAGCCAAGUAGAGGAGGCAGACGGAGGAGCACAGAGCGGAGACGAUGGCGGAGAACAAGACGGGUCCGAACCUGCAGGCUGGAGCCGGAUUCCUGGCCAAACGGGUCCAGAAGUCCUUCAAUCGCGCCCAGGAGAAGGUCCUUCAGAAACUGGGCAAAACUAUGGAAACCAAGGACGAGCAGUUUGAGCUCUGUUUCCAGAACCUCAACAAACAACAGAUCGACGGAAACAGAUUAUUUAAAGAUGUCAAAGCCUACUAUUCAUCUGUAAAAGCUGUGCACGAGACGUCCAGGAAGCUUUCCCAAACAUUGCGAGACGUUUAUGAGUCAGACUGGAUGGGAGUGGGGGAUCUGGCCGUCAUUGCAGAAAGUGAAGAUUUGCUGUGGAACGACUUUGAAGAGAAACUGAACGACCAGCUCGUCCGCACCAUGGAGAACUACACCAGCCAGUUUCCUGAGGUUAAGGAACGAGUUGCGAAGCGCGGACGCAAACUGGUGGACUAUGAUUCAUCACGCCAUCACCUGGAAGCUCUGCAGAGCGCCAAGAAGAAGGAUGAGGCCAAAAUAACCAAGGCAGAGGAGGAGUUCAACAAAGCUCAGAGUGUCUUUGAAGAGAUAAAUAAUGAGCUGCGAGAGGAGCUGCCCGUUCUCUAUCAGAGUCGGAUAAGCUGCUAUGUGACCGUCUUCCAAAACAUCUCUAAUCUAAGAGACGUCUUCUACAAAGAAAUGAGUGGGCUCAACAAGGAACUGUACAACGUGAUGAAACAACUGGAGGGUCAGCACUCCACCAAAGCUUUCAUCGUCAAGGGAUUGAACAGCAGCACAUCAGGAAAGUCAAAGACAAGAAAGUCUUUGAUGAUCUCCAACCCCAUCCCCUGCAACACCGCGUUCCCCACAGACCACGUGUCCAUCCACUCCUCUGCUGAAAACGGCAAAGGCGCCGCUCCUUCGUCACAGGUACAACGGACCGACAGCGUCUCUGAGGAGAGCAACACGCCGUCCAAGCGCUCCAGCUUCUCAGACUCUGACAUCAGCUCCAGCAGCACCAACACUCCCAAGAGGGAGUCCAUGUGCGACAACGAUGAUGAGAGCAUGCAGAGUCCGCAGGAGUCAGAGCUGGAACCCGCCGCCGACCAGCCGGACGACUCCGAGGCCGAAGCUCCAGUGAUUGAAGCUGAAAGUCAGGAGGUCGAAGGUUCCUCUGAGUCUUCAGAUGGUGCUGCCACACAGACACUUGACCAGGUUACAGCAGACGAUCCACCAUCAGAGGAGGCCAAAACCAAACCUGCACCGGUUCCAGCCCCCCGCCACUCCUUCCAGGCCUCCGACAGCCGCUCCGCCCUGCUCCCUCUCGAUCAGGAGCAGGAGGAAGAGGCCGAGGAGACGUCAGAGAGCCCAGAACCAUCCGAGCCAACGGAAGACUCCAUUUCCCACAAUCCACCUGGCUUUCUCUACAAGGGGGUGGCAGUAGAGAGCCACGGAGCUGCAGAGGAAGGACAGCUGCAGUUUGAGAAGGGUGAAGUCAUCCUGGUUCUUGAAGGCUCUCCAGAGCAGCUAGAAGGCCAGCUGAGGGGGAUCAGGGAGGAGAGCUGGAUCCAGCAUCAGGAUCUAGAAAACUACUCUGGGCUCUUCUUGGAAACACUCAUCCAGCCUGUUCAGCUGGACUGAGGCAGACUACCAGCCCUCUGCCUGUCAAGUGUUUCUUCCAGCUAUUGUAAUUGGAGAAGGAUGCCGAGGUGGUGAUCCAAAGUCUUACAGAAGCUGUACAAAGUCCCACGUAUUUUUCCGAGCAACUGAAAUCAACUGAGCUGCAGAACAUAAUUUUAAAGUUUAGAAAAGUUUAUUCUUUUUGUUCCUUUGUCUUUGAAAACUGUGAAACAACUUCUUUUAAUUU